AUGUCAGGCUUCUUCAUUGAUACCACUGCCGGCCAGAUCGUUCGCCUUGUCAGCGGCAGCAGGUUUCUGAAGUAUGCUGAAGAGCGUGAUCCUUCGCUCAUCGAGAAAUAUAUCAACCCUGAGAAGUCGGGCAAUCUAGCACGGACUGGCACUACGCGCAGUGACCGGGCACCUUCGACCGAGAAAGACGUCAAUCCUGAAAGCGACUCUCCCAGCAGUUCGAGUUCAACUCUCCACGACCCCAACGCGCUGGUCAAUGUUCCUAGCGGGCGACCAGUAGAUCCAGAACGGGGCCGAGACGGUCAUGUAGUUGACUGGUAUGGACCUGAUGACCUAGACAAUCCCAUGAACUGGUCUCGACCAAGAAAGUUCUACGCAACCUUCUGCAUUUGCUUCCUUACCUUCUCCGUCUACAUCGGUUCAGCAAUAUAUUCAGCCGGCAUCAUGGAUGUUGUGCGCGUUUUCGGUGUCAGUCAAGUUGCAGCGACACUUGGACUGACACUGUUUGUGCUCGGUUACGCGACAGGCCCUAUGCUUUGGUCGCCGAUGUCAGAAAUUCCACAAAUUGGUCGCAAUCCUAUCUACAUGACUACACUAGCACUAUUCGUUGUACUGCAAGUGCCAACGGCAUUGGCGACAAAUUUUGGCAUGUUGCUCGCCUUUCGAUUCAUCACUGGCUUUAUCGGAAGUCCAUCACUGGCCACGGGCGGUGCCUCCAUCGCUGACAUGUACUCGCCUGCUAAGCGCACCUACGGUAUUGCAGUUUGGGGCAUUGGAGCUGUCCUUGGUCCUACUAUGGGUCCGCUAGUUGGUGGCUUUGCCGCAGAGGCAAAAGGCUGGACUUGGACCAUUUGGGAGUUGAUGUGGCUGUCCGGGUUCUGUCUCGUUCUUCUAUUUUUCACCAUGCCAGAGACAUCCAGCGCCAACAUCCUCUAUCGUCGCACUCGCCGACUCCGCAAACUUACCGGUAACGACAAACUCAUCUGCGAGCCCGAACUUGUCGGUGAGACAAUGACAAGGGGCGAAAUUAUCAAGAUGGUCCUUGUACGACCAUUCACACUAGGGUUCUUGGAACCAAUCUGUUUCGCACUCAACAUGUACAUUGCCCUCAUCUACGGGCUGCUUUACAUCUGGUUCGAGUCUUUCCCCAUUGUCUUUGUCGAGAUCUACGGCUUCUCGCUUGGAACCGAAGGUCUUGCAUUCCUCGGCAUCCUGGUCGGUGUUUUUGUGGUGCUGCCGCCAUUUCUAUGGUACUUCCACAAAUACACAGAGCCCAAGUUCGACGAAAACGGUGAGCUGCAGCCCGAGUGGCGCCUACCGCCUGCCUUUGUUGGAGCUUUCGCAAUUCCGAUUUGUCUCUUCUGGUUCGGGUGGUCCGCGCGCGAGACGGUUCACUGGAUCGUGCCCAUCAUCGGCACAGCGUGGUUCUCCAUAGGCGCCUUCUUACUCUUCAAUUCGGUGUUGAACUAUCUCGGUGAUGCUUAUCCGGCCUAUGCUGCCAGUGUUCUGGCUGGCAACGACCUCGUCCGAUCUUCUUUCGGUGCUGGAUUCCCGCUGUUCGCAACAGCCAUGUACAACAAACUUGGUGUUGAUUGGGCCAGCUCUCUUCUUGGCUUCCUCUCAAUUGCUUUCAUCCCGAUCCCAUUCCUCUUAUUCAAAUACGGCUCAGCGUUGCGCAAACGGAGUAAGAAUGCUCGUCAGGACUUUUAG